AUGCCGUUCGUUAAGGUCCUUAAGAAUAAAGCGUACUUUAAGCGUUACCAGGUUAAGUUUCGUCGUCGCCGUGAAGGCAAGACGGACUACCGCGCCCGUAAGCGUCUUAUUACACAAGACAAAAACAAGUACAACUCCCCCAAGUACCGUCUUGUAGUGCGCAUUACCAACAAGAAGAUCAUCUGUCAGAUUGCGUAUGCUGAGAUCGAUGGCGACAAGAUUCUGGCCCAGGCCACCUCGGCUGAACUUCCUCGCUAUGGCCUUAGCGUCGGCCUGAAGAACUAUGCCGCUGCUUAUGCCACGGGUCUACUUGUUGGCCGUCGUGUGCUAGCUAAGCUUGGCUUGGACGAGGACUAUGAAGGAAAUACUGAAGUUGAUGGCGAAAUUGUCAAGACAGAAAGCAAUGGCCGUACCUACUUUGUAGAUGAAGUAGCUGACGAGAAGCGUCCUUUCCGUUGCUACUUGGACUGUGGUCUGCGCUCUACUACAACUGGUAACCGUGUGUUCGGUGCCCUAAAGGGUGCUGCUGACGCUGGUUUGGACAUUCCGCACAGCGAAAAGCGCUUCCCUGGUUACAGCCGUGAUGACAAGAGCUACGAUGCUGAGGUGCACCGCGACCGUAUCUUUGCCGUCCAUAUCUCUGAUCACAUGAAGGAGCUUGAGGAGGACGACCCGGAAAUGCUUGCUUCGCAUUACGCUGAAUACGUCAAGGCAGGAAUUGAACCAGACAAUCUCGAAGAUUUGAUCACUAAGGUGCAUGAAGCCAUUCGUGCUGACCCAUCUCCUGCCCCUAAGAAAGAUCACACCUUUGACAAGAAGUACAAGCGUGCAGCCAAGCGCUCGCGUCAGCAGCGACAGGCUCGCGUUGCCCAAAAGAAGGCUCACGCUGCGUCCAAGGAUGAGUAA